AUUUUUUGUUUUCUAAAUGGCUGCUAUUUGGCUAUUGACACUGUGACGUUAUUCACUAUGAAUUCAAAGCAGAAUUUGGCCUUUCUGCUAUUUGCUGCUAUCUACAAUUGAUAACACUGUUUGUUUGAUAGUGCCCAUGUCUUAGACAUGGGCCAAUUCUUGUUAUCAUUAACACUUGGCCUUGUACUACUUUCUUUGUUUUUCCUUUGAAAACCACCCUGUACCACUUUCAGUUUCAGAAAACAUUUGACCAAUGUGGAUCUAACCACUUCUUUUCAACAUAUGGCCAUACUGUUUAAGAUGACCUUUUUGUGUUGUCCUGAAUUCAUGCUACGUCUCUUUGCAGUGGUUGUAUCCUUUUAUAUAUAUAUAUAGACACACACUUUAACAAGAUUAACUUUCAUCAAUAAAGAGGACAUGGUGGUUUUAUAUUUAGGGAUAAAGGAAGAUAUGACAUCAUUAGAGUUGGUUUUGGAAGGUGAUAAGCUAACACUACAAAUGACUUGAACACGCACCUGGCACAAUAUACAUAUCAGCCCCACAUGAAUGGACAUGCAUGUGCCUAGCCUUUAGGUUUCCCAAUAUCUGAACAUGGGACAACAUAAGUGGAUCAGGCCACAUUCUAAUUCAGAGAGUGUUUUAGAUUGCACUGUAAAGGCUGGAGGCUCUAUUGCUUCUUCUGUCCCUCUUUGUGUUUAUAUCUCUAUUUCUAUAAAAGCUUUCUGGUUGCUAUUCAGAUCAACAAAGUGUGGACUCAGUUAAUGAAUUCUAAACUAUUGCUGCAUAGCUUUAACACACUGUUCUAUGUAGAUGCUGCAAAUAUUUACAAAUAAUGAUUUUCAUUUUACAUAUUGCAGCAGACUGCAAAACAAUUAACUAUUGAUGGAGGGGUGGGCUCCCAAUAUUAGGGGGCCUGCCCCCUCCAUCAAUGGUUAGGUUUUUUUUUUUUUUCUUUUUUUGGCCAGCUGGUUAAGUUCUUUUUAAUCAGAUAAGCUUGCCUAUAUGUUAAUAAAAUUAUUACUAUUUUCUAUCCUCAUUUUCUUGUUGUCUCUCUGUAAUCAAUUCUUUAUUACUUAAAUGUUCUUUUGGCACAUUAGAAGUUAGCUGCAUAACAUUGCAAAGCCUUGAAUCCCUGACCUUGACACCAACUUGGGUAAGCUCUUGUUGGUUCCUUUAAUAAUUUUUUAUUUAUGCAGUUUUGUGCAUAUGUUAGUUUCUACAAUUUUUUGAUGUUAUUUUGUUUGUUAAGCUGAUGGGAGUUAAAUUCACUGAAACAGGCCAUGACAUAACUGAUGCAUUUUACAACCACUGUUGAACUUUGGGAUAGAUGUUAGGGAGACUUCUCUAUAAAAUGUGAAAUUCUCUGAAAUACCCAAAUCACUUAGCAACACACCCUGGGUGCAACACUACAGCCUUUUAGGUUAUGGUGUGAGGUGAUUUUAGUCGUAACAUAGUGCAUAAUGAUGCAACUGACCAUAUCAAAGUUGAAUAUAUCUUCUUCUAUACCUUGCUAGCACAACUCUGGAUGGCAUAAAUUUUUCUUCACACGUGCUAAGUUGCCUAAUUAUAUGAUUUUAAUACUCAUCUUGAGAACCUUUUUCAUGGAGGACAUCUCUUUUUUAUGAUAAAAUGAAGUUUUCAACUACUU